AUGUCUUCUCAGUUCCACCCCUCGUUGGCCACAGCUUCGGCUUCCACAGCUGCCAUCCAGGCGAAUGUGCGGCGAUGCCGCUGGCAAGAGGCGGUGCUGUUGUGGCAGAAUGCGCUUGGCACGAAGCCGCCGAUUUCGCGAACAGCUGCAAUCCUGCUGCUCUCUGCCUUGCAGAGAAUCAGUCUGUGGCAGCAAGUGCUUGCACUCCUGGCCAGUUUGCCAGCUCGCCGAUUGGCGGCGGAGAGGACUAUAUACCAUGCGGCAUUACUGGACUAUGCAGCGAAUCGCAGCUGGCAGCUCGCCCUCAACGUUGCAAGCCUGAUGAUGGCUCCCGUGACACCUGAUGUGGUCAAUUACAACUCUUUGAUCACCACAUGCCUUGGAAGUUCCAGUUGGCAGCUGGCAGUGCACGUCCUGGCCCACAUGCCUGUUUCGCCAGAUUCUAUCAGCUUUUCUUCCGCCAUCCGUGCAUGUGAGAAGAGCACACGCUGGAAAGAAGCUGUCGCCCUCCUCUUUGGGAUGAUCGAGCGCGAGAUGCUUCCCUCCGGCAUCAGCUGCGGAUCUGCGCUCAAUGCCUGCAAACGGGGCAACCGCUGGCAGCACAUGGUGGCCUUGCUGAACCUGCUGCAAGACAUAAAGGCACCACCUGAUGGGAUAAGUUAUACUGCCACAAUCGCGGCCUGUGCCGCCGAUUCCUGGCAAAGUUCCUUGUCCGUGUUCGACAGGAUGCAGAAGCAACAACUACUUCCUGACGUGAUUUCGUUCUCUUCGGCAGCGCAUGCCUGCGGUGCACAUGGAUAUUGGGAGCAAGCUUUGGCGAUUUGUAGCAGCAUGCGCCAAUUCUUGCUCCAGCCGAACGCGGUGUUGUACAGCUCGCUGAUCAGUGCUUGUAGUGCCAGUGGGGAAUGGCAGCGGGCUUUUGCUUUGUUCACACAAAUGCAAGCUGAGAGCUUGCAAAUUGACGUUUUUGCCUGUGGCGCCGCAAUUAAUGCCUGUACAUGUGAGGGGGCCAUGUGGGAAGAGGCCCUGCGCCUUCUGGACGGCAUGCUUCAGGCAACUUUGCGACCAAACAAAGUAUGCUGCAACGCGGCAAUCAGUGCAUGUGACAAAGGCGGUCAGUGGCAACUUGCCUUGGGCUUCUUCCGGAAGCUGGGAACAUGGACAAUGCAUGCUGAUGCCGUGAGCUACGGUGCUGCCAUCAGCGCUUGCGCGCAAGGCCACGAGUGGAGAAUGGCCUUGACACUGCUGGAUGAAAUGCCUGCUUCGAGCACCAGAAGAAACACGAUUUGCUACACCAGUGCCUUGAGUGCCCUUGACAAAGCUGGGCAUUGGCAGCUGGUGUUGCUGAUGCUGUCUCAGAUGCCGGAGGAGGCAUUGCAACCUACUUUAGCAAGCUAUGGGGCAGCGAUGAGCGCCUGUGACUCCGCCGGAGCGUGGACCUCUGCAUUGACUCUGCUUCACCAAAUGAAGUCACAGCGACUGAUGCCUACAGGAAUGAUCGCUGGGUCACUGGCAGGUGCUGUACAUCAAGGCAUGGGCGAAGACGCGGCCCUCGAUAUGUUGGCAGAGCUUCGGGACAUGUGGACCGAGCAAUGUCCGCAUGCAGCCUGCGCGCUGGGUCCAGCAGAUGCCCAUCCUGUUGCUGUGGUUGGCUUUGGUCCUGGCAUCGUGGCUACCGCAAAGCCAAGUGGCGAGAGGACCGAGGACCUGGCGGAAAGCUUGGCUGAAUCACUUGGAUGCGAGCUGACUCUCGUGUCCCGUCUGGACCAUCCGACGUCAGGCGUGCUUCCCGUCGCUCUCGGAUCGGAAGACACUGCAGCAGCCAACUGGUUACAAGCUCAAUUUGCAGGUCGAACAGUGCACAAGGAAUACCUCUGCCUGGUUGAAGGCCGCCCUCUUGGAGCCGCUGGCUACUGCGCCCGGAUUGAUGCCCCCUUGCACACCAUCAAAAAGGGAGAUCAACUCCGGACUGAAAUCUCCAGCUUGGGCCGAGAGGCGAAGACCGAGUACCAGGUGCUGGCAAGGUAUCGGCUGGAUGCCGCAACUGACCGGGUCCUGACCCUCUUGUCCGUUCGCCCGCGAACUGGUCGAACACAUCAAAUACGCGUUCACAUGGCCAGCAUCGGUGCACCGAUUGUCGGUGACUUGACUUAUGGAAGGAGGCAACUUUCCACGGUUCCUUGGUUUCACCGCUCCAGGCAAAUAGCCUCCGGCAUUUGCCUCAAGUUUAUUGCCAUGUUCUUCUCGCUGUGCCGCGAUCUGCAUGACUUGUUUCAGAAAGACGACCUCGAACUUUCAUUUUGGCCCAAUGAUGCCGAGGGCAACUUGUCUCAUCGUCGAGAGCCUGCUGCCUGCAAGUACGGUGGCUACGAUCCGGUGGCCGACGACUACGAAAUGAUUACCGUGCCUGCUGAGCCAGGGGAUUGUGAUGAGGAGAAGAAGAUGAUCCAGCGCCAGAUUGCAAGCUUGUCCAGCCGUAUUGCAAGAGGAGGUGCACAAGAAGUUCUUGACCACUAUCAUAAAGUCAAAGAAGAUCUGGAACUGCAGCUCGCCAUGCCUGGCAUCUUGCGAUACAAAACUAUGGAUGUGCCAGACGUUGAUUUGCGUUCGACUUUAUCGACCAUUUCGACUUGCGACACAUUUCCCGACGAGCCCACCUGCAUCCCGCUGGACCUGGAACCGGCAGGAGUCCAGCCAAGUUCAACGUGCCAGCUCCUGGCAUCGUGGGACCUAGGGCACGCUAAGUCAAUGGACAGGAGGCAUCUACCGUGGUGGAGGGCUCCGACCACUGACACGCCCGCUGAAUGCAAACCUCGAGGUGUGGGAUGGUAUAGGUUUUUCUAA